AUGACGCAGCCCGACCCGGUAGCGAUGAGCAGCGACGCGGGCAACACUGCGGGCUCCGGACAGAAGCUGGGUCCGAAGGAGGGGGUCCGGGAGCGGCGACGCUCAGAAGACGCCGUGGCGGAGAUCGAGAUCGAGAUUUCGGACCCCGACGACGACGACGACGACGACGCGCAGCGUGAUGCCGCUGGGCGUGAGUCGGGGAGCGACGCCGGGGGCGGAGAGGGUUCCGGCGGCGAGAGCGCCGAGGACGAAGCGGCGGAGGCGGAGGAGGAGGACGUGCGCGCUCCGACGCCGCCACAGCCGCCGCUGCGGACCGCCGCGGGCCGCCCUGCGCGCCGCGCGGCACAGCGACGCGAGCGCACGCCGCCGCGCCGCACGGGCCGCGCGAAAGCGUCGCGCCUCAACUACGCGGACCCCGACACCUCCGACGACGACCUCGGGGCCGCUGCGGAGCCAGUGACGUCGAAGGGCGACACCGACGCAGACAUGAGCGGCGACGAAGACGAAGACGACGACGACGACUUCUCCUCCGGCGGACAGCCCAGCGACGCGAGCGAGGAGCCGCCGAGGAAGCUGACGCGCGCCAUGAGGGCGCAGGCACGGUCGGGCUUGCCGGGGGGGGAGUCGAAUAGCACCGCGCGGAAGCGGGCCACGUUGUACGUGGAGUCGUCCGACGACGAGGAGAUGGCGUCCGGCAGCGACGGAGAGGGCAGCGGGGAGGAGACGGCGAGCGGGAAGGCUGGGAGAGGGGCGGGGGGGCACAAACGGGCGCGGGGGGGCGCGAGCGCGGACGGCACGGAGACGCCGGAGCUGAGCAGCGAGGACGACGAGGACGACGAGUCGCAGAACGGGGAGCACAUAUCGCUGCAGUACCUCGAGUCGCUCCACGCGUGCCGGCCGAGCAAGGCCGACCCGGGCACCCUCGAGUUCUACGUCAAGUUCGUCGACACGUCCUUCCGCCGCGGUGCGUGGGUGUCGCAAGCCGACCUCGAGGCCGCGGACAAGGCUGCGCGCGUGCGCUUGUUCCUCGCCAAGCGGGGCGACGCGCAGGAGGACGACGGGGGGCCCGAGGACGGCGUCAACCCGGAGUGGCGGGAGGUGGAGAGGGUCAUUGCGAAGACCACGCACCGCAAGCGGGCCAAGCGCAGGGCGGACGGGUCCAUCGGGAAGCGCACGACCACGCUGUGGCUCGUCAAGUGGAGGGGCCUGCCGUACGGGAGCUGUACUUGGGAGACGCGGAAGGACAUUGCGGACAGCGAGGACGCGAUCCGCGCGUUCCUGAAGCGCGAGGCGGCCUUCGAGGGCCCCUCGCAGCCCCCCACGCCCAAGGACGAGGUGGCAAGCAUCAUGGUCAAAAUGGCCCGGCAAGGCGAGAUCGAGGAGCAGAUGGCGGCCGAGCAGGCGGAGGAGGCGGAGAAGGCGGGCGACGGCGCCGCGGCCUCGCCCGCCCCGGAGCCCUUUGUCAGCCCGCAGGACGACGCGCUGCCCGCCUUCAAGAACGGGAACAAGCUGCGCGGGUACCAGCGGUUCGGCGUGCGCUGGCUCCUGCAGAACUACGCGCACGGCCGCUCGUGCAUCCUCGGCGACGAGAUGGGCCUCGGGAAGACCCUGCAGAGCAUCGCCGUGCUGCAGUUCCUGCGCACGCGGCUGCGCGUGACGGGGCCGUUCCUGGUCGUGUGCCAGCUGUCGAUGCUCGAGCAGUGGCAGCGCGAGAUCGAGGCAUGGACGGAGCUGUACGUGGUGACUCUGCACGGCAAGGGCGACCGCGACGUCCCGAUCAUCGCCGAGCACGAGCUCAAGUACAAGCAAUCAUCUUCCGCGGUCAGCGCGAAGGUCGUCGGGCGCGAGGCAGCGGCGCGGCGCAACAGGGACCGUGUGUUCCGCGCGCGCUUCGACGUGGUCCUCCUGCCGUACGAGAUGCUCGUGAGGCACAGGGACCUGCUCAAAAAGAUGAAGUUCGAGGCCAUCAUUGUCGACGAGGGACACCAGCUCAAGAGCGCGAAGAGCACGCGCGCGGCCGCGCUGCGGCAGAUCCACGCGCCCUGGACGCUCCUCCUCACGGGCACCCCGAUCCAGAACAACCUCGAGGAGCUCUUCAACAUUCUUGCGCUCUUGGAUCCCAAACAAUUCAAGUCGUGGGAAGACUUCGCGGAGAAGUACGGCGCGGCGGACCCGACGUCCGAGCAGGUCGCGGCGCUGCAGCGCGUCCUGCGUCCGCGGCUGCUGCGGCGCCUCAAGGAGGACGUCGAGCAACUGCCGACCAAGGAAGAGGUCCUGGUGUGGGUGGAGCUGACGCCGGAGCAGCGGGCGUUCUACAAGAUGGUCUACGAGAAGCGCGUGAGCGACCUGAUGCAGGCCACGCGCGGCGGCCGCGGCGGCGCCGGGCCGAAGCUCAAUAACAUCGUGAUGCUGCUCCGCAAGGUCUGCAACCACCCGUUCCUGGAGCACGGGCUCGAGGAGGACAUCCGGCAGCGGCGGAACGUGCCGCACCCUGAGGCCGAGAAGGACGGCACGCUGAUUCUGCGCGACGGCCAGCGGGGCGCGGAGAUCGAGCUGCUGGUGUCGACGUCGGGCAAGAUGGCGCUGCUUCACAAGCUGCUGCCGAAGCUGCGCGACGAGGGGCACCGCGUGCUGAUAUUCUCGCAGUUCACCAUGGUCCUGGACAUCAUCGAGUACUAUCUCACGCUCACCGGGAUGACGUACGAGCGCGUGGACGGCAACGUGACGGGCGCGCGGCGGCAGGCCGCGAUCGACCGCUACAUGGCCCCCGACUCGGACAAGUUCGUCUUCCUCCUGUCCACGCGCGCGGGCGGCCAGGGCAUCACGCUCACCGCCGCGGACCGCUGCAUCAUCUACGACAGCGACUGGAACCCGCAGAACGACCUGCAGGCCAUGGCGCGCUGCCACCGCAUCGGGCAGGACCGCGACGUCGUCAUCUACCGUCUCCUCAGCCGCGCGACGUACGAGGAGCAGCUGUUCCGCAUCGCGUCCGUCAAGUUCGGGCUCGACACUGCCGUCCUGGGCACGAUGAACAGCAGCGACGCGGCGAAGCUCGAUCCCGCGGAGGUCGCGCGGAUGCUGCGCGAGGGCGUGCACGCGUUCACGGACGCCGGGGAGGGCGCGGAGGACCGCGGCGAGGCGUUCAUGGCUGCAGACAUCGAUGCUAUUCUUCAACAGAAGACUGAGAAGCGGCAGAUCGGGUCCCGGGCGGGGAACCACUUCUCGACGGCGACGUUCGCGGCGGACGUGGACGUCGGGAACAAGGAGUACUGGGAGAGCGUGCUCCCGGACGCGGUGCGCAAGUGGGAGGAGGAGCAGCUGCUGGCGCUGGAGGGCCCGCGCACGGCGCGGCAGCGGCGCGUGGUGACGUACGACGAGGAGAGGCUCGCGGACGCCAGGGACACGAGCGACGAGGACGAGCCGCCGCCCAGCGCGAAGGACAAGUCCGGCGAGUGGGCGCUGCGGGAUAUGGAGGCCGUCGAGCGCUUGAUGAUGCAGUUCGGCGCGGAGAACGUCGCCGGCGUGGCGGAGCGCGCGAAGCUCCGCAGGGCGGAGCACGAGGUCGCGGCGUGCAUGCAGGUCGUGCGGAAGCUCUGGGAGCUGUCGCGCGACGCCAAGCCGCAGGGGUCCGGCAAGGGGGGGUCUGACGAGUCAGGGAACAAGACCUUCCGGCACCAGGACGUGCUCGCUCUCGCGCGCGCGAACAUGCGCGCGGCGGCGCGCGAGCUCCUCGCGCGACCGACGGAGCCCAAAGACACCCCCCCCGCGGAGAAGCUCGCGCUGGCCGAGGCCGCCGACGCGGUCAGACAGGUCGUGACGAAGCCCGACGGGGAGAAGCUGACGCCGGAGCGCAUCAAGAUUCCCAAGGACGUGUACGUGCAGACGGGAGGCGGGCGCGCGGAGAAGGAGUUCUGGCGCACGGACGCCGUCGUGCUGUGCGCGAUCGCCAGACACGGCGUCGCGUUGACCAAGAAGCAGCGGUUCCCGAUGACCCAGGACCUCAUGUCGGCGCCGGAGAAGCUCGCGCGGUUCAUCGGCAACGAGGACGUCGAGACCUGGGGCGCCGAGUUCGACCUGGCGCGGACCUACAAGGACGACCCCGCAGCAGCGCUCGGCAGCCUGCAGCGCAACCAGAACAUGCAGAGCAAGUUCGUCCGCGGCCGCAUCGUGCCCGUGGCCAAGAUGGUGAAGCACAUGUUUGACACGGUCGAGGUUGGGCCGGACGAGGACCGCGCGGAGAAGGUCCGCACCCAGCUGCAGUGGGAGUUCGACUCGAUCGAGCCGCGCUGGCGGGAGCGCGUGCAGAAGGCGCUGGAGGCGCGGGCGGCGAAGAAGGCGAAGGCGCAGACCGGGGGCGGCGCAAACACGAUCAAGGCGAUCAUGAAGCGGCAGGACGACAUGGCCAGGGAGCAGUGGGGUGUUUUCUCUGCGCCGCAUGGUCCCGCGCCGAAGGACAAGAAGUGGAGCGCAGUGUGCGUCGUGUGCAGGAACGGCGGGACGCUGCUGCGCUGCCACACGCCGGCGUGCUCGAACGCGGUGUGCGUGCAGUGUAUGAGGCUCAACACCCCCCCUGAUGUCGCCGCGGGCACUUGGCACUGCCCGCGCUGCUCCGGGCAGCCGAUGCCGCUCCCCGCGCGCGGGCAGCCGCCGAGCAAGACCUCGGCGGUGCCUGCGAACAGCGCCAACGCCGCGGCGGCGGCGCAACGGCCAGUGCACGGGCCGGCCCGCGCAAAGCCAGCGCAGGCGGCUGCGAAGCGCGCGGCGCCGCGUUCGGCGGCGACCCAGCCCGCGGGCGUGGCGCUGGAGCUGCAGAGGCUGAUGCGCGAGCUCAAUGAGAUGAACAAGUCGCUCGGGGCGCAGUGGACGAGGAUGCAGGAUGCGGGCGCAACGAAGGAGCAACUCGAUGCGUUCACCAGGCAGCACAAGCCCAAGACCGAGGCACUAGAAGCGAAGAUUCGGAGCCUCUCUACCGCGCUGCAAUACAGCCAGGCGGCGAUGCUGCAGCAAGCGGCGCGGCAGCAGACAGCACAGCAGCAAGCGGCGCAGUCCCAGCCUGCGGCGACCGCGGCGGCGGCGCGGGAGGUGCCCGAGGAGGACGCCGCUCUGACCCUGAACGCUCUCAAGGUGUCUGGUCCGAGCAGCGGGCCCCCGGCGGCAGGCACGGGCGCGGGGCGGAAUGCCGCGCCAGGCGGUCGCGGCGGUGCCGUGGAGCACAUCGUGACGACGGUCAAGGGCCUCUUGUCAGCGGUGAAGCGCAAAGCGGCGGAAGAGACGGACCCGGAGGUGGCGAGGUCGAUGCGGUCCACCCUGGCGGAGGUGCAGAAGGAGGUGGAGGCGAUGUCGGCCGACGUCAUGGACAUGGAGCGCCUGCGGUCGUGCCAGCGGAUCCUGCAGAGGGCCCUGCAGCUCCCCACGAGCCGCAAGGGCGCCUCUGGGGCCGCCGCAGCGCCGCCCGCGCAGCCCAAGAGCGCGGCGAAGGCAGCGACCCCGCCGCCGGCCAGCAAGCAAGGGCCGUCGGCCGGCACCGCGGCUCCGGCGAAGCCGACGACACAGACGCAACCAGGGCCAGCGAAGUCCCCCGCGCCGCCGGACAAGGGAGCGGCUGCGCCGCGGAAGGUCGACGGCGGCGCGGCGGCGGUCACGGGAGCGGCGCUGUCGUCGCGAGCGGGUGCCGGGGAGGACGAGCAGGCUGCCCAGCUGCUGCGCGAGAUGUCGCAACAGAAGCAGAAGCGGCCGGCGCCCAAGCAGGCCGCGCGGCGACCGGCGCCGCAGAACGUGGCGCCCCAGCAGCGUCCCCAGGGAACGCAAAGGCCGGGCGCAGCGACGGUGCAGAUGAUGGCACAACAGAUGAUGACGCAGCAGAUGCAGCAUAUGACGCCGGCGCAACAGAAACAGAUGCAGGACAUGUUGCGGAUGCGUUUGCAGCAGGCGCAGCAACCUGCGCGGCCGGGACAGGGGCCACAGGCACAGCAGUGGCGCCCGGUGACGGGGCAGCAGAGUCCACAUCAGAUGCAGAUGUUCCAUCUGCAAUUGGGGAUGCUGCACCAGCAGAUGAUGGCGAUGAUGCAGCAGGUGCAGCAGAUGGAGGCGAUGGGCCAGGCGGUGCCGCCGGCGGCGCGGCAGCAACUGCUCCACAUGCAGCAGAUGUGGCAGGCCGCGCAGCAGCAGGCCGCGCAGGCCGCAGGCGCUGCCGGGCGUCCUGCUGCUGGCGUCGCGUCGGCGAGCACGCCCGCUGCUACGCCGCCGGUCAGCCCCGCCGGGGCAGCAGUCAGGCCAGCGCCACGCGCGUCGCCCGCAGCGCCGCCCGCAGCGUCGCCCGCCGCGCCGCCCGCUGGAGCCACCGAGGCAGCUGACGAAGACAUCAUCGUCCUUGACGCCACGACAGCAUGA